CUUCUUCCCUGAAACAAUCUCGUCGGCCAAAUCCGAAACCCUCGCUCAUAUCACUUUCAUACUUCCACUUCAAACCUUCUUUUCUUCAUAAAAAGCAACUUAUUCUUUAACCAUUCAAUUUAGGUUUUACAUUAUUAAUUAAUUUUUGAAUUUGCUGAUUUCCUAAUUCAAUUUUGAAUCGCGUUAAGCAUGCCGCCAAAGCAAUCGAAAACCGAUUUAGCGAAGAAGCAAAAAGUCGUCGAAGACAAAACUUUUGGUUUGAAGAACAAGAACAAGAGCAAAAAUGUGCAGAAGUACGUUCAAAGUCUCCAACAAUCAGUUCAGCCCAAACCCGACGCCAGCAAAAUCGCCGCCAAGAAAAAGAAGGAGGAAGAGAAAGCAAGAGAUAGAGAGUUGAAUGAUUUGUUCAAGAUUGCUGUUAGUCAGCCAAAAGUACCAGUUGGUGUGGAUCCCAAGUCAAUAUUAUGUGAGUUUUUCAAGGUGGGACAAUGUCAAAAGGGUUUCAAAUGCAAGUUCUCGCAUGAUCUGAAUGUUCAAAGGAAGGGUGAGAAGAUUGAUAUCUACAGCGAUAAGCGUGAUGAAGAAACAAUGGAGGAUUGGGAUCAAGAGACUCUAGAGAAGGUUGUUGAGUCAAAGAAGAACGAGUAUAACCAGAAUAAACCAACUGAGAUUGUUUGCAAACACUUCUUGGAAGCAGUGGAAAAGAAGCAGUAUGGUUGGUUCUGGGUAUGUCCAAAUGGUGGUAAAGAUUGUCACUACAGACAUGCUCUUCCUCCUGGAUAUGUCUUAAAAUCUCAAAUGAAAGCACUUCUAGAUGAAGAGACUGAGAAGAUUGCUGUUGAAGAUGAUAUUGAGAAUCAGCGUGCAAAAUUAACUGUAUCAACCCCCAUGACUCCUGAGCUAUUUAUGCAAUGGAGGAAGAAAAAGAUGGAAGAAAGAGAAGCAGGCUUGGCUGCACAACGAGCAGACAGAGCUAAGAAUGAUAGGAUGAGUGGUCGCGAAUUGUUUCUCUCUGAUUCAAGCUUGUUUGUGGAUGAUGCUGAGGCAUAUGAAAAAUACCAGAGAGAUGAAGAACCUGGGAAUACUGAAAAUAAGGUUAAGGAUGGAUCAGCAGGACCAAGCACUUCCUUUACUGCAGUGGCAGGUUCUGAAGAGAUCCUUCCUGAUGACGACGAUGAUGAUGAGUUGGACCUAGAUGAGCUAAAUGAACUCGAAGCAAGUUUGUCAAGAACAUCUAUUCAAAUUCGUGAGCCAGGUAUCGAAGCUUCAUCUUAAAUGGGCAAAGUGAGAGAGAGAGGAUCAUUGGUGGCAAUCCACCAUGAUCUAACGAGGGGGCAAGAGGGUAUGUAUUCGGCUGUUAAAUUAACCAUCAUUAGUGAGAAUAAUCUAUGUUUUGAUCCAGACAA